AGCAGGGGAAUAACAAAGAAACAUGGUUGGAGGGAGAGACUUCCAUGUGAGUACGAGGAAGCAAGAAGUGGUGGCCGCUGCACUGCCAUUGCAAGAGCACUGGCUGCCACUCUCCAACCUCGACUUGCUUCUGCCUCCGGUCGACGUAGGAGUGUUCUUCUGCUACAAGAAACACAGCAGCCUCUCUUCUGCCGCGGCCAGGGUCGGUGUUCUGAAGAAAGCCCUGGCCCAAGCCCUGGUGACAUACUAUGCCUUUUCGGGUGAGGUGGUGGCCAACUCCAUUGGAGAACCUGAGAUUUUGUGCAACAACCGUGGUGUUGAUUUCGCCGAAGCUUUUGCUGACGUUGAACUUGAAGAGCUCAACCUGUAUAACCCUGAUGAGAGCAUUGAAGGAAAAUUAGUUCCCAACAAGAAGCAUGGAGUUCUCGCUGUCCAGGCAACUGAAUUCACGUGUGGAGGGAUGGUGGUGGCAUGCACAUUCGACCAUCGGAUAGCAGAUGCCUACUCAGCCAACAUGUUUCUCGUUUCAUGGGCAAAAAUGGCCAACUCAAAAUCAUCACUCACUAAGGUCCCCUCUUUCCGUCGUUCUUCGCUAAACCCUCGACGUCCCGGUCAGAUUCACCCUUCCCUAAAUGACAUGUACGUCCCCGUCACAUCUCUGCCUCCUCCUCCCAAAAUGGAGACGAAUGAUCUUAAGGACCACCUCGUCAGUCGCUUGUACUACGUCACAGCCGAACACCUUAUCGAGCUCCAAGUACUUGCCAGCUCCAAUGGUUUCAGAAGGUCCAAGCUGGAGUCCUUUUGUGCAUACUUAUGGAAAAUGGUUGCCAGAAGCGAAACUGGCAAUGAUGUCAAAAAAUCAUGCAAGAUGGGAAUCGUAGUUGACGGGCGGUCUAGGUUAGCAAAUGGUAAUGAUUUAAUGGCUAAUUACUUUGGUAACGUCUUAUCUAUUCCAUUUGGUGGUAAGAAAGUUCAAGAGCUCAAUGAAAAACCACUGAAAUGGGUAGCUAAUGAAGUUCAUGACUUUCUGGAAUCUGCGGUGACGAAGGAACAUUUUCUGGGGCUGAUAGACUGGGUGGAAGCUCACCGCCCGGUGCCAGGCUUGGCUAAGAUAUACUGCAAUGGGAGCAAAGAAGGGCCUGCUUUCGUGGUGUCCUCCGGGCAAAGGUUUCCGGUUACUAAGGUGGAUUUCGGUUGGGGGGCACCGGUUUUCGGAUCGUACCAUUUUCCGUGGGGAGGCAGUUCCGGUUAUGUGAUGCCGAUGCCGAGUCCGGUGGGGAAUGGAGACUGGGUUGUGUACAUGCACAUGUUGAAGGGGCAGUUGGAUGUGAUAGAGAAGGACGCUGGUCAUGUGUUCAAGCCCUUGACUUUUGGUUAUCUAACUUAGGUUAUUGUUAUGUAUUAAUUAGCUGAUUUCCUUCUAUGCAUGUACCUAAUUAUCGAUCACUACGUACUCUUCACACUAUUAUCACCAGUAUCGAUCGUGUAAAAA